AUGGGAACUUAUUAGCUAAAGAAGCCACCUCUAGAACUUUCUAGUUUAUCAAUUACCACACCUCAAGUAUUCACUCUUAAAAUUAAAGAAAACUCUGCUUUAAUGAGACCUGGCUUAGCCAUAAUCUAGGUUGGAAACAAUCCAUCGUCCUUAACAUACGUUCGUAAGAAGAUAGCUCUCUGCGAAGAACAUUAAAUACAUCAUGAACUCUAUCAUUUUCCUGAGACCAUCUCCCAAAAAGAAAUCGUUCAUCGAAUAAAAUCUUUAAAUUAGAAAGGAUCAAUAGAUGGAAUUCUUGUCCAACUUCCAUUACCCCCUCAUUUAUCUAGGUUGGAAAUCUCCAAUGAAAUAAAACUAAAUAAAGACAUAGAUUGCUUACACAUGGCCAAUUUUCAAAAUCUUCUCCAAAAUGGUGAAGAUAAUGACAUAAUACCAUGUACACCUGCUGCCGUGCUUCAUAUAUUGGAUACCUAGAAUAUAGAUGUGAGAAACCAGAAUGUUACUGUGAUUGGUCGAAGUCAAUUAGUUGGAUUUCCAUUAUCUGUACUGCUACUUAAAAGAAAUGCCAGAGUUACUAUCUGUCAUUCUGAAACAACAGUUUAAGAACAUGUAGAGAAAGCUGAUAUAGUGAUAUCAUGUGCAGGUCAUAAAGAAUUGGUCAAAGGAGAAUGGAUCAAAAAUGGGGCCAAGGUUAUUGAUGUUGGAAUUACAAGGAUCCCUGGAACCAAUUAGAUUGUUGGUGAUAUUGAAUUCUAAAAAGCUCUUCCUAGAGUCAGUUUCAUCACUCCCGUUCCUGGAGGAGUAGGCCCUUUGACUGUUUCCAUGUUAUUUAGAAAUCUUUACAGAGUUUGGUGUAGAUCCAAUGGAUUGAAGGCCAAUGUAGACGAAUAGGAAGAUGAAUUAGACUAUGCCUAAAACUACUAAUUCUGA